AUGUGCUGGGCCUGCGACGCGCCCUCACUUGAGGUUGCGCAUGUUGUCGCAAGACAAGACACCGCGAUCAAUGAGCUGACAGCACGGGGUUUAAUCGAUUUUGACCUGAAGUCAAAGCAAAAUACCGUGGGCCUUUGCCCAAAUUGCCAUGGAUGGUUCGACAAUGCCAUGGAUCCUGGGUUCUGCUUUUUACCGGCAGACCUCGACUUUUUUAUCCGGUUUGAGCUUAAGGACCGUGCGAAACGUCGAGCUGCACGAGUCAACGAUUCUCCUGAUCCAGGACGAAAAGUCCCAAAUGCCAGACAAUACCAGCGAUACCAGGAGAGGGUCGGUGACAUCGAGGUUGGGGGAACUGGGGGACUAUAUGAUCUUUUGUAUCUUCUGAAAAACCAGCCUCGUGUUACUCAACCCAGGGCCUGGAACGGACAUCCUUUGGCGUCGAUUCGGCGUGCGUUUGGCCUAUUGGGUAGCCCCAGGACAUCGAAGAUCCCCGAGACCGUGCUGGACAAGCUUCUGAUUCUGAGGGAUCUCUAUUUCAGGGAUGAUGGAGAUCGUGUCCUGGAAAAGCACGGAUUGACUUUGCCACCUCCCGAUGAAGACAAUGAAGCCGGGGACGAAGAAGACAAUGAGGAGGACGAGUUUGAGGCGGACGAUGAGAAGGAGGAAGAUUACGAAGAGAGGCCACCUAAGCGGGUCAAAAGAGUGCAGAAAUCUACCCACGGUGGAGGAGAGCCGUCUCGGAAUCGAGCGAUAAAGGAAGAGGACAACUGGGAGUUUGGACCUAGCUCUACUACAGAGAAUGUUGUUACGCGCUAUGCGCCAUUGAUACUGAGUUCGGGAUCCAUCUAA